AGCAUAACUCAGUGGCAAACGCUACGUCUGUACGUGCAGAAAUCUGGCUCCAGCAAUUCCCCAACAAUGGUGUUUGCUUUCUUCAAUGGCCAGGAGCAGCCGGAUCACCAAGAACUGAGUUACCAGAAGCGCACCCACCUGUUCAAGGACAACCUGACGCUUUCCCUGUCACACGUCAGUCGUUGGGAUGAGGGACAGUAUGACUGCCACAUCUUUCUGCUAAAUGACCAUGAAUAUGAGCUGGAAGACAGCGGACAAGUGCUGCUAUCCAUCUGGGCGGAGUUUUCACAACCACAGAUCACAGUCCGGAGCGGAGAGAUGGGAACAGAAAACACAGCCAGGUGCUCCUCCCAAGGGGGUUAUCCCAAGGGGUACAUUCAUUGGAAGUCAUCCCCCCAUGUGGCAGAUAGCAGGAAUGAAACCUGGACUGAGCAGCACCCCCAGACCCAACUGUACAACAUAUCUGGGGGACUUGCGCUGAACACGACCUCUGGGGUCUCCGUCUCUUGCUGUGUGGUGGCCGGAGAGAGGAGGGUCUGCAGUAAGAGCAUCAGAAUGUCACCCCAUGAGAGGUCCAGAGCUGGGAGACAGAGAUGGGCGGAGGGGAUGACUGCCCUCCUCUGUCUCACUAUACUGCUGUCACUUGGCACAUAGAGGGCGCUGUGCCGCCUGCUUCCUCCUGUAACCUCCGUGAGGUUGUGAUGGGCUUGUCCCCUGUGGGAUCUUUGCGAUUCCUCCUGUUAUGAUUGCAGACCGCGUCUGUGCAGAGUCCGUCGCUGUUCUCUUCCUGUGACAUUGUAGCAUCAGAACCUACCCUGCUGGAAUAUGGAUAUUAUGUGUGUAAUUGCCCCAGGAGAACUAUUACCUGCAGACCGAGGACACCCUGGUAUAGGCAGAAGGCAUGACCUGAACUUGUGUCUGAUUGGAUGAAUCAACAUUCCUGACUAAUCCAGUUCUCCAUUCACUCCACCAUUCCCGUACAGUGUAUUAUUAGUACUAGACACUAGGAUCCCAGGCCCAUCUCUCCGUCAUACCUCCAUCAUCAGCUCUAACAGCACAGUAGCUCUUGUCCUAGGGCGACACUUGAUUGUAUAAUGUACAGUAUGGAAAUUGGUCAUAAAGGGAACCGC